AUGGCAUCUGCCCUCCAAAAGUUCAAGCUUGUCUUCUUCGUGCCUCCCUCGGCCCUGAGCGUUUGCAAGACCGCUGUUUUCAGCGCUGGUGCAGGACGCUACCCAGGUCCGGGUGGAUAUACCGAGGUAUGCUUCUGUACCAGGGGCACCGGACAGUUCAGGCCUGGUGAUGCCGCCAAUCCAAAUAUCGGGAAAGUUGGUGAGCUAGAAGAGGUCGAUGAAUACAGGGUAGAGACGCUGUGUCUGGGCCAUGAUGCAGCUGUCAAGGCUGUCGAAGCACUAAAGAAAGCACAUCCAUAUGAAGAGCCUGCAUACGAGGUGUAUAAAAUUGAAGACAUAUGA